GCUGGCCCCACACUCAUGCUUUUCCUUGAGCUGGGAGCCCUGAGCUGCUGCCGGGCUCUGCGGGAGCCCCCGGCUCGUCCCUUCCGUACACGUCAGCCACCGCUCGCCGUGCCGCGCUCCGUUCGCCGCCGCGGAGAGAAGAGCGGCGGCCGCAGCAUCGCCCAGCCCGCAGAGCAGCCCGGCAGCAGCGUGCCAUGGCCGGCGGGGAGGCCGCGGGCACCCGGCAAACACGGCACCCCCCUUAGUGAACUCUCCUGGUCCUCCUCGCUGGCUGUUGUGGCUGUUUCCUUCUCGGGGCUCUUCACCUUCAUCUUCCUCAUGUUGGCCUGUCUGUGCUGCAAGAAGGGGGACAUUGGCUUCAAGGAGUUUGAGAAUGCCGAAGGGGACGACUAUGUGACGGAGCUCUCAGCCCAGGGAUCACCUGCCCCCCAGCAUGGCCCUGAGGUCUACGUUCUGCCCCUCACCAAGGUCUCCUUGCCCAUGGCCAAGCAGCCUGGGCGCUCAGUGCAGCUCCUCAAAUCGGCGGACCUGGGGCGGCAGAGCCUGCUUUACCUGAAGGAGAUUGGGCAUGGCUGGUUUGGCAAGGUGUUCCUGGGGGAGGUGAACUCAGGCAUCAGCAGCACGCAGGUGGUGGUGAAGGAGCUGAAGGCCAGCGCCAGCGUACAGGACCAGAUGCAGUUCCUGGAGGAAGCACAGCCCUACAGGGCCCUCCAGCACACCAACCUUCUGCAGUGCCUGGCCCAGUGUGCCGAGGUGACGCCGUACCUGCUGGUGAUGGAGUUCUGCCCCCUGGGUGAUCUCAAGGGAUACCUGCGGAGCUGCCGGGGGGCCGAGGCGAUGACCCCGGACCCGCUGACCCUGCAGAGGAUGGCGUGUGAGGUGGCCUGCGGUGUCCUACAUCUCCACAGGAACAACUACAUCCACAGCGACCUGGCCCUGCGGAACUGCCUUCUCACAGCCGACCUGACCGUGAAGAUCGGAGACUACGGACUCUCACACUGCAAGUACAAAACCCUACAUACUUGGCAGGACGACUACUUUGUGACGGCCGACCAGCUGUGGGUGCCGCUGCGCUGGAUCGCCCCUGAGCUCAUCGACGAGGUGCACGGCAACCUGCUCAUCGUGGACCAGACCAAGUCCAGCAACGUCUGGUCGCUGGGUGUCACCAUCUGGGAGCUGUUUGAGCUGGGCAGCCAGCCCUAUGACCACUACUCUGACCGACAAGUGCUUGCCUAUGCCAUCAAGGAGCAGCAGCUCAAGCUGCCCAAGCCUCAACUGAAGCUCUCGCUGUCAGAGCGCUGGUAUGAGGUGAUGCAGUUCUGCUGGCUGCAGCCAGAGCAGCGUCCAACGGCGGAGGAGGUUCACCUGCUGCUCUCCUACCUCUGUGCCAAAGGGGCCACAGAAGCAGAGGAGGAGUUUGAGAAGCGCUGGAACUCCAUGAAGCCCAACGGCAGUGCCAGCGCCAGUCACCACGGCCCUGAGCUCUCCUCCUUCCCACUGCUGGAGCAGUUCUCUGCUGAUGGCUUCCCCUCAGAUGGGGAUGACAUCCUCACUGUCAUGGAGACCAGCCACGGCCUUAACUUUGAGUACAAGUGGGAGCACACCAAGACUGAGCACUUCCAGGCUCCCCUGGGGUCCCUGAGCCCCAGCAGCGCUGCACGCUACCAUGACCUCUACUAUCCAGCCACAACCACGGGACAUCUGAGCCUGGGGGUCUCACCCUCCUGCUAUGAGUGCAAGCCGCCGGGCUGCCCUGGGCUGCCAGCGCCCGGCGUGGUGCCCAUCCUGGGUGCCCACAGCCCCUCACUUGGCAGCGAGUACUACAUCCGCAUCGAGGGGCCGGGGGAAGGCAGUGCCGAGCUGGACUAUGCCAUGUGUACCUACAGCCCUGCAGCCGAGCAGGGCUCCCCGCACCCCUCAUCCUGCUGGCGUGCCCAGGGGACCCGGAACGGCAGCACCUAUGACUCUGACAGCAGCCCCACCGUCUCCCUCAGCAUGGAGCCACUGCUGGGCCACGCGCCAGUGGGCGAGGGCUCCUGGGAGUGUGCUGAGUACUACCCCUACCCCUGCCCAGGGCAGGAGCCACGGGGUUAUGAACCAUCCCCCAGCCACAGGGCAGAGGGGUACCUGCUGGAGGAGGAGCACACCCAGUUGGGCACCCAGGACUGGCCCAUCCCUGGUUUCCAGCCCAGCAUCUUCACUGACCCCUUGGGUGUCUCACCGUUGGUGAACAGCACCUACAGCCCCCCGGGGUACCGCGAACCACAGGCAGCCCCUCCAGGUGGGCAGCUGUCAGGGCAGAGUGAUGCCAGGCCGGACUCCGUGGCACUGGAGCUGGGUGAGGACAGUCCCCCUGGUGCCCCCCACACCCAGGGCACAAGCCCCCCAGCUCAGCGGCAUCCCUGGGCCUCCAACAGCUCCUCCAACAACAACAUCAGCAGUGGUAGCCCAGCAUCUCGUGAGGCCCAGGCUGGUGACAGCUGGUGCUAUCGCCGCAUGAUCACCUUCCGGGGGCUAAUGGCCAAGCCGCUGGGCACCAUGCCACGCGGCCAGCCGCAGCUCGGGGGGUCCCCACCAGGCCAUGACUUCCGCCGCCUGCGGCAGGAUCAGCCCCCCAGCAUGGCCGGCAGCUCCUCCUCCCUGUGCCGCUCACCCUCCCCGCGCCGCCAGGCCUGGCACAGCCGUGACUCAUCAACCUUCGGUCGCUCGCAGGCAGCAGCGCUGGCUGGCAGCCCCGCCACGCCGUGGGGCCCCACCGCGGCCCCAGCAGCUGGAGCAGGGGCCCAGAACGAUGUCUGCCUGGACGAGAGCCUGGAGAGGAGCAGCCCUACCCAGAGUCUGCCGCCCCAUGCUGCAACUGUGCCAGGGCCAGGGGAGGCCACCCCCAUGGCUGGCACUGCUGAGCCAAACCCCAACCCCCCCCCGGAGCCUGGUGUAGAUGGUGCCCAACCCACAGCAGAGGCCUCUGAGGUGCCUGCGCCAGCGCCUGGGGAGCCUGUGGGCGAGCGCGGGGUGUGUGCUGCUGUUGAUGCGGACCGGACGCCAGACAAGACCUUCUCCAGCGCCAGCUUCCCCAGCGUGGACGAAGGGAGCGAUGAGGACACUGCAGACCUCACCUCUGGCGUCUUCACUGACUUCUCUGGGGACUACACAGAGCGGGUGGAGACGGCUCCAGCAUUCAAGUCCCUGCAGAAGCAGGUUGGGACACCGGACUCCCUGGAGUCGCUGGACAUCCCCUCCACAGCCAGCUCCUGUGAGGUCUUCAGCCCCACUGCCUUCACGCCUGCUGGCCAGCCCAAGGCCCUCGACAGCGGCUACGACACUGAGAACAACGAAUCCCCCGAGUUCGUCCUUAAGGAGCCCCACGAGCCCCGAGAGCCAGACACCUUCAACCAGCUGGGGAAGCCACCCCCGGGUUUGCCAGUGAGUGAGGGUGAGGGUACGGUCCCAGACGCUCGGGUCCCCACCUCCCUCGGGACUGAGCUGCACAGCCUCGCUGAGAAGAAUCCCUACCGCGACUCUGCCUACUUCUCCGACUAUGAUGCAGAGGCUGAGCGCAGUCCCAAGGGCGAGGAGGACAGCGAUGGGUCCCGGACCCCAGAGGCAGAGGAACGUCCUCAGUCCCCUGCACAGGAUCUAGGGAAAGCCCCUGGGCCUGGAGAGGACCCGUUGCACCCCCCAGGGGCACCCAGUAGUCCCCCAGCAGGCCCCGGUGUUGCGGCAGCAGUGGACACGCCAGUGGUGGGGGUCUUGGUGGGGGACUGUCAGGAGGCAGAGGCUGGGAGCACCCUGGCUAGCCCCACGGGGCAGGCUUUUGGUACCGAGCAGAGACCCGCUGGCACGGGGCUGGUGCUAGGCAGCUCCCCACGCCCUGAUGGCGAAUCCUGUCCUCCGGGCUCUGUGACGCCCAAGACUUUCUUGUUGACCCCAGUGCCACUGAGCCCUGGUGAGCCAGAGUCCAUCGAAGGGACCCAUGUGCCUGAGGCCAUCCCUGGACUUGGGGAAGCUGAGGCUGGGGACAAACAGACUGUGCCUCCCACGCCAGGGCUUGGGGAACUGGGGCUGCCCCUGGAGGGAACUGUGGUGGAUGAUGCACCGGGAGGUCCCAGCACCUUGCUACAAGAGAGUGUCUCGCCUCCGGGCCUCUCUCUGCUCCCCUCCACCCGGGAGCCACGGCCGGUUGUCCCUGAGCGCUCUGAGGAGCUGGAGGAGGAGGAGGAGGACACGGAAGACAGCGAUGAGUCAGACGAGGAGCUGCGCUGCUACAACAUCCAGGAACAAAGUGAGGAGAGUGAGGAGGAGCCAGUGGCAGUGCCCAUCGUGGUGGCCGAAAGCCAGAGUGGCAGGAACCUGCGCAGCCUCCUCAAGAUGCCCAGCCUGCUCUCUGAGGACUUCUGUGAGGAUCUGGAGCGCAAGAAGAAAGCAGUCUCCUUCUAUGAUGAUGUCACCAUCUACCUCUUUGACCAGGAAAGCCCCACGCGGGAGCUGGCUGAGCAGAACUUCCCAGAAUCCCCCCAGCCUUUGGGGCAGCCCCCUGCUGCUGGCAGCCCCCCCAGUCCGGCAGACAGGCUCAGCACCUCAGACGACUCCUCGGACGGCAACGUCUCAGAAGAGAGUGGUGGCUUCGAGUGGGAUGAUGACUUUCCACUCGUGGCGGUGAAGCCAUCCCUGACGACCUCACUGACAGGGACACCAGUGGAGCCUGACCCAGCCGUGUCCACGCUGCCUGCCCUGCCCACGCUGGUGCCAGCUCAGAAACAGGUGCUGCCUAUCCAGUUCUCCCGGUUCACAGUCUCGCCUGCCCCAGUGUCCCGGUUCUCCAUCACUCACGUUUCCGAUUCAGACAUGGACUCCAUAGGAGGCAGCAGUGAGGAUGGUGACCGGGAGUGAGCCAGCCAGCACGCCCACCGGGCAUCAUCCCAACACCGGUACCGGCGCAGGAUGGCGAGGCUGGGGACGGGGCCCGGCCGGGAGCUCCCAGCCUGCGCUCUGGAAUUUUUGUAGGCAGAUUUGAUCGGAAGGAGCUGGUUUGCUGCUGCGAGCAGGAGAGGGGCCAGGGCCGCCCGGGGCCAGGCGGUGGGUGACGGCUGUGCGCGUGUGUGUGUGGCUGUGUGUGUGUGUAAAUAGACACUAUAUAUAUAUAUAGACAUAUAUAUAUAUAUAAAAAUUAGAGCAUUUAAAGGGUAGUGCCCUGACCUUGCUAACACUUGCGGAGUGUCCCCCCCUCCUCCAACCCCAGCAAAAAUCCCCUCCCUUGGCAUCAUGCCCACAUGUCCCUGUCCCCCUUGUGCCAUGCACUUGGCCUUGCACCUCACCGGCUUGGCUGCACCACAGCCACCCCGUAGCUGCCCCACAGUGUCCUCGAGUGAGGGGCCAUUGGCUGCUUCUGCGGUUUGAUGUCACCCUGAGUGCACCCACUGCCUGCACCAGGGCUGCCACCGGCUCUCGUACCCAGGGUGGGCAGCAUGGCUUGAGGUGGGACUUGAGGGGCCAGGGGAGCUCCCCUCUCCCUUGAUUUUGGGGAUCAGUCUCACAGAGUCCUGGCCCAGCUAAAGCCCCGGGGACCGCCUGCCCCACUGCAGUGGCACGGGGAGGGCUGGUGGGAGUGUGGGGGUGUCCCAGCUGCCCGUGUGGGGUGGCCCCAGCCUGGGACCCACCGACCUGAUUAUUUUUGUAUUUAAAGAAAAGGAUUAGAAAAAAAAAAAAAAAAAGAAGGAAACAACAAACCAACCCAAACCCACCUUAAAAAACAAAACUUGCUGUCGACUGAACCACAUUGACGCCAUUUUAAGUUAUUGCUGCCAAAGAGACAUCACAAGGCG